AUGUCCAAAGUGCGAACUUUUAGUCUUUCCGACGUUUUGGGCACAGCUUCGUCCAGUGAAGAACAAAAACUACAGAUUUUAGCCGAGUUUAAAGGUCAUGUAAAAAAAGAGCUAGUGCAUGAGGCCUCCAUACCGCAGUACUUUGAGUGUCUAUGUGCUACUUUGAAUAACAGCCAUGGCAAUCGAGGUGCUGAAAAAAUAUCCAUUUUGUGCCAUUCUACUUUGUGCUACUUGGUCAAAAGAGUAGCCAUGCAAUGUCCAACGGUUUUGAAUACAGAAACAAUUCGCAUGCUAAUGGCCCCAUUGCUGCGAACGGUCCACUCCGGUAGUAAAAUGUGGCUAGGUUCAGUGAAAGCUCUAGAAGCAGUAUAUUUGGCACAGCCUCUGGCUUUCGAGCAAACACUAGAAGGUUUGCAGUUACAAGGAAGCGAUCGCGUUGCCACCUUGUUGUUGACAGACGAGCUUGUGCAAUUGCACCAGAAAAAUAACAGGAACCCACUCGAGAUUCUAAACAAAUUCACGGGUCUAUUUCUCAGCAUACUAAAUGAACCACAGGGCUCAAGAUUCCAGGAUUACGAACUCAUACGCGAUAUUCUCGCGAAAUACUACACGGCUCAAUCUUUACAAGAUUUCGCUCGCAGGGUGAAAAAUCCCGAUAUCAGGCAACUGUUCGAAGUAACCCCUGAGAUACCGCUGGAUCAGAUAUCAGUGGAUGAUGACAAUGAUGAUGACGACCAAUCUCAAGCCGCACAAAACUCGGUUUUUGACAUGGACAGCGAACUUGGUAGGCUUCUCGACGACCAACCUAGAACGGCCCUCCCGACGCUGCCGAGAAAUUUCCAUAAUUUCGAUGCUCUUCGAAAAGAGCUGGAACAUUUAGUCGUCCCCUUCACUUCUGCAAAAGAAACAGAGCAUAAUUGGCGACAAAGACAGGAAUCUAUCAUCAUUUUGAGAGGAAUCAUUGCAGGCAAUGCUUCUCUUGAAUUCGCUGAGGAAACAGUUGCCGCUUUCAGAGAAUACCAAAUUACCGAUUGCAUUUCAAAGGCCGUGUCGUCUUUGAGAACUUCCUUGUCUAUGCAUGGUUGCCAGCUAGUCAAAGAGAUGGCCAGAAAUUUAGGUUUCAAAAUCAACCCAAUUGCAGACGGGAUAUUUCUUUCCUUAAAGACAGUUCUUUCCGCCACCAAAAAAAUAGCUUCCCAGAAUGCAUUUUAUGCUGCAUGCGUGUUACUGUCGUCGAUGCAAUUUCACAGCAGAACUUUCCAAUCUUGUUUCAUGCUUUCCAAAGAUAAAAAUGUUGCACCUCGGUGCUACGCUGCUAUGUUUUUACGUCUAUUUCUGAUCAGAUUUAACACCAAGCUUGAUCAUUGCGUCAUUUACAUUGAAGAGUGGAUAAACAGAAGUGCUACAGAUGCUCAGACAAAAGUCAGGGAGUCAAUGCGAGUCACAUUUUGGUACUAUUACAAAAUAUACCCAUCCAAUGCACAAAAGCUGUUAGACGGCUUCCCACCACAAAUACGACGUGCGGUUGAGUCUUCGAUCCCUCAGCAUCUUGGAAUUGCUUAUACUUCCAAUAGUGUGAGCUCCACUGAAACAUCAAGGAGGUCUAGUCUGGGGCCUUCACGAACUCCGAGUUAUGCAGGGCCAACUCAUUCUUCUCAUGUACAAAGAAUAAACUCAAUAAGAGCUUCGAGUGGAUACCAAUCUUCAGGUCGCACAAAGGCAGAAGAACAAAACUCGAGAAAAGUUAGUGGGUCAAGCAGAACUAGCGUGGCAGCAUUGAGAACUAACAGCGGAGCGAGCAGUCUGGAGAGAGCCACCCCACCGCGAUCAAGUGAAGAUCACACUCAAAUUGAUCUUACUGGCGAAAUAACCCAAAACCAUUCAAACACUUUGAUCAAGAAGUAUAUGCAGAGACCAGUAAAAGAGGCUACACAAAAGAGUGACUCUACACUUGAGUCAGAAAAUAUUAUUCGCUGCUUAUCAUCGGGAGAGCAGUCCGAUAAAGAAUUAGGCAUCCAACUUCUUCAAAAAGUUUAUCUAUUGGGCUCUGCUCCUCAAAUGGAAAACCUGAGACCAGAAGUUGCAAAGCUUUCAACAACAAUGCCACAGCUCCUGGCACCACUUUUGCAGCUGCCAGCGUUUCUCGAUGUACAUCCCGCAGCGCAAAUAAUUGAAAUUUUUGGCAUAAAUGCUGUCCCUGUUGAGGUGCUGAUGCGACGAUACCCAACGGAUGAUAUACUUAUUGCGUUGAAGAAAGUGCUUGAUUCGUUUUUCCCGGUGGAAGAUUCGCUACCAUUGCAUUAUUUGAAGUAUGGGCGCCAAAUACUCAACUACACGUUCGAUAUACUUAUAAAGGUUGGGAAAAAUGAUGUCUCGCUAAACCAGCCCUUUUUGAAGCAUUUGAUAAACAGGCUUUUUGAGCUAUACGGGAAAGAUUUUGAUUUAGCAAAGUAUUUUGACGCCCUUUCCUGCGUUUUUGCUUGGGGAAAAGAUACCUUCAUUGAUACUUUAGAGGCAGCUCCCGUUUUUCUUCAGUCAAACAUCGCGCGCGAACUGGAGAAAACAGACCCCGUUUUUCGCAGUAAUGUGCUGGGACCACAAUCCGAUCAUACCAUUUCCAAUUCCGAUGAAGAAAAGCUAUUCACCGAGCUUACAAUGAUCAAUCCUUUGGCGAAUCAGAGGUCCACAAGCGGUGACAGCGUAAUUUUGCACAAUUUGAAAGAUACCCAAGAUGAAAACAUGCCUUCUGCCAAAUCAGAUUCAUGCGAUGAGUUAUCUCAGGAUGUAGGAGGGUUUACGAAAUUCGGUGGGCUUUCCAAGCUCACUGAGCUAACUAGGGUUGUGAGUCUAUAUGAACACCGUGAAAAUGAGAACAACGUCACAAAUAGCUGCACUUUAGAUAGUGAUGGGGAUGCUAGAAUGCGAAGUGAGUCCGUGGAAUUGAAAAACAAGUCCACAGAUGUUGACUUGAGCGAUAUUUUCAACAGUGGAAAAUCUUGCCCUAAAGAUGCUACCGUGAAGUUUGACGAUAUCCCGUCGUUAAUCCAAGAACAUGAUAUAGCCUCCCGCGACAAUGAUACUCAAAGUCAUAACGGAGAUACCAAUACAAGCAUGGCUAUGGAACAGAAAAUUAGUACAGGCGCAGAAAAGGAAAUGUUGGAUCAUGAGAACGUUCACAAGGUGCAUUCCGAAAGCAGAUUGAAAGGGCCAGAGCUCUCUGCCGCGAGCAACACAUCUUUAAAGGCACCCAUUUUGCUUGAGAGAUUGGAUGAGAUCGCGGAAUCCUUCGAUUUUUUAGGAACACUUUCCUCGAGCAAAGCACUCCAAUUUGCUCUUUCCAAUGUUGCUAUUUCGUCUACGGUACCAUAUCGCCUUGAGAAUUUGACCACGAUCACCGCCAAGAUUGGAAAGGGUUCUUUUACCGACAGAGAUCUGAAUCUGUUACUUACUUUUUUGAUUGCUGGUGGCAAAGAGAGCAGCUUUAUCGAUUGGUUUCGCACAGAGGACGGGUUACUCCAGCUGCUAGAAAUACAUGAUCUUGUCUCGAAAUCUCUACGCGACACUAACGAUUUACCCAAGACUCUGGCCUCCAAAUGUCUACUCUUAUCAGCCUGCUUAGUGAUCCUAAAUUUAAAUCUUCCGGGAAGCAGUCCUGACAGCCUGGAAUUGCUUACUAUGGAAUACGCGUGGGGAUGCGUACUAACGAUUGUUAGAAAGCUCCCAAGGUUCGAAGAUGAGCUCUACGUGUUAUGUGAAGAGUUACGAAAUUACAUGACGUCUAAUGACGUCGUAGGAGACAGUAUUUUGGGAAAACUUGCUGCUGAACUAGACAUGGAAAACGGGAUAUUUCCUGUCCAGCAGUCCUUCGUCCUUGCCUCGCUUACCAUGCUAGCUCAGAGCACCGUCGUCGAGAUGAGCAAAGAUUUUGUUGAAGAAGUCUCUCAAAAAGCUGUUUACUUCAUCGAAAGCGAUCAUCCAGAAUUACGCAAAGAGUCUGCACUAUUACUGAGCAGACUGUACAGAACCACUAGGUUAGGCGGCGGUGCUAACUGGCACAUUUUGGAUAAUGUUGGUAGUAAUCGAGCAGAGCUCAUAAAAUCGCUAGACACGAACUGGAACGCGUAA